CAAGAUGGCGGCGCCCAUGCUGCGGUGCUGUUCCCGGGCCCGGUGGUCUGGCGCCCCGAGCCCGUCUAGAGUCCUGCGCCCGGGGCUGCGUAGGGCGCACUCGGGCCCGCAGGGUGUCCUGGCGGCGCAGAAGGCUAGGGGUCUGUUCAAAGAGUUCUUCCCGGAGAGGGGGACGAAGACCGAGCUCCCAGAACUCUUCGACCGUGGCUCGGGCAGCUUCUCUCCCCAGACCGUCUACUGCGGUUUCGACCCCACGAGCGACUCGCUUCACGUAGGCCACCUGCUAGCGCUGCUGGGCCUGUUCCACUUCCAGCGGGCCGGCCACAACGUGAUCGCGCUGGUCGGGGGCGCCACGGCGCGCCUGGGAGACCCGAGCGGCCGCACCAAGGAGCGCGAGGCGCUGGGCGCGGAGUGCGUGGGCGCCAACGCGCGCGCCCUCCGCGCGGGGCUCGAGGCCCUGGCGGCCAACCACCGGCAGCUCUUCGGCGACGGGCGCGCUUGGGGCAGCUUCACGGUGCUGGACAACUCGGCCUGGUACGGGCAGCAGCACCUGGUGGACUUCCUGGCGGCCGUGGGCGGCCACUUCCGCAUGGGCACGCUGCUGAGCCGGCUGAGCGUGCAGGCGCGGCUCAAGAGCCCCGAGGGCAUGAGCCUGGCCGAGUUCCUUUACCAGGUGCUGCAGGCCUACGACUUCUACUACCUGUUCCAGCGUUACGGGUGCCGGGUGCAGCUGGGCGGCUCUGACCAGCUGGGCAAUAUCACGUCCGGAUACGAGUUCGUGCACAAGCUGACUGGAGAAGAUGUGUUCGGAAUCACUGUUCCUCUCAUCACAAGCACCACGGGAGCGAAGCUGGGGAAGUCGGCCGGCAACGCCGUGUGGCUCAGCAGAGACAGGACGUCUCCGUUUGAGCUGUAUCAGUUCUUCCUGAGGCAGCAGGACAGCGCCGUGGAAAGGUACCUGAAGCUCUUCACUUUCCUGCCCCUUCCAGAGAUCGACCACCUCAUGCAGCUGCACCUCAAAGAGCCAGAAAAGCGGGUGCCCCAGAAGCGACUGGCUGCGGAAGUCACCAAGCUCGUUCAUGGCCGAGAAGGCCUGGACUCCGCCAAAAGGUGCACCCAGGCCCUCUAUCACAGCAGCAUCGAUGCUCUCGAGGUGCUGUCUGAUCAGGAGUUAAAGGAGUUGUUCAGAGAAGCUGCGUUUUCUGAGUUAGUUCUUGACCCCGGAACCAGCGUCCUAGACACGUGCCGCAAAGCCAACGCCAUUCCUGACGGCCCCCGCGGGUAUCGCAUGAUCACAGAAGGCGGAGUCAGUAUUAAUCACAGACAAGUAACAAAUCCCGAAAGUGUUUUAGUUGUUGGACAACACAUUCUCAAGAAUGGACUUUCUUUACUUAAAAUAGGAAAAAGGAAUUUCUACAUAAUAAAAUGGCUUCAGUUAUAAUGAAAACUCUUCCUGGUUGUUCAAACUUACCCAUCCUUCAUUCUCAAGCGUAAAAAAUGUUGCCUCCGAAAUUUAUACCUUUGCCUGUGCGAGUCAGAAAAAACAGACUGGACUGUACACCAGGUCUCCGUGUAAGUAAUUUUACUUUCUAUGGGCUGGUUAACAAAUCAGGUCUUGUUUAACGAUGGGCUCU